AUGCCAUAUAACUCUGAAAAGAACACUCGCCUUCGCGCUCGACAGCUACAGCUCCUCUACGUGCUGCACAAUGAUAUCCCAUAUUCCUACGCAGAUCAGAUGACCAGUGAAGACAUUGCCCUGGCUAAUGCGCUUGAGCCCUGCUGGACGCACAGCCUCGCCUCGCCCAAAUAUGUUCUCACCUAUCCUUGGGAGUGGGUUACGAAGAAGGGAUCUCUCGCUGCUGUGCUUCGCAGCUUCCGUGUAAAGGCGAAGGAGCUGCUCGAUGCUCAGCUACUGCUUGAUGAAUCGGAUGGCGAGGUGUAA